AUGCAGCCAGACCGAUGCCUGCAUUUCUGCCUGCUUGGAGACUCCGGGAUCGGGCAAUCGGCGUUUCUGCAAUGCUACAAGCACGCCUUGAACCUCACUGGUGCAAGCAAGGACUUCGCCAAGCAUUCCGAACCCUUCGAUGAACUACCCAACCUGGAGAGUAUGGUGGCGAUGGUGGAGCUGGAGGGGGAGCUGUGCCGCGUGCGCUUCACGGACGGAGCCGCAAGCCCGAGAUUCGAGAAGAUGCAGCAUGCUGCGAUCCAUGCUUCGCACGUCAUCUUGCUGUGUUUUCGACCAGACAAACCGGAGACCAUGGCCAGCGUCAAGAAGAAGUGGUUGCAGCGGCCUCGUAGUUUCCGUAGCUCCUGGCGGGGCGCCACCGUCGGCUGCAGGCCGCUGCUCUGGCAGAUUCGCUCCGAGACUCCUUGGCUGCUCGUCUCCUUGCAGACGGACCUGCGCGAGCGCUCCAAGGCGACACACGGCGACACACGGCGACACAGCAAUGGACGCAGUUGCGCAACGCAGCGAAAUCGCAAUGUCCCGGUCAGGUGGCGGGAGAUCAACUGCCCAUGGCUACCUGGCAGCAGGGGGAUCUUAGAUGAUCUUCCAGCGGUCCCAAGGGCGCUGGCUCUUCAGCUUAUAAGGUGGCCGCGGAAGAAGCCGAAGCCUUCGUCCAAAGUGUGCGAGCUCAGUUCCGUGGCUUGGGGCCGCUUUUGUUUGGGACGUCGCUCACGAGCCGAGCUUGCAGGAUAUGGCGGCUGGGGAUAUAUGGAGUGCUCCGCUUUCUUCCCUGACACCGUCCAAUUGGUUGUGGACGAAGCACUGAAUGCCGCGAACUCCUACUACGGGCCGUGUCCCGAGAUUCCCGCGUCCAUCUGCGCAGCUCCCGCUCAGAAAAUCUCAGGCUGCAGUGGCAGCUGCUUCCUCCGCAUGUUCCAGAGCGACGGGGAAGCGAAGCCGUGCUGGACAGCUGCUCCGGUGCCGGGGGAGAUGGAUCUGUGGCUGCCUCACGAGACCUUAACUGUGCGGGACGACCCCGUGCCAGUCACAGAGGAACAGGUUCGUGAGGGUUUGUCGCAGUUGGGCGACACGGGAACCCGGCAACACGCCUACGUCCGGUGCGAUCUCGCCGGCAUGAACCUCACCUCCUUGGUGAAGAUCCGGCAAUGGGAGCAGCUGCAGUUUCUGAACGUCUCCCGGAAUCGGCUGCGGGGCUUGGAGCCCAUCGGCGCCCUGAGACAUCUGCUGCACCUGAACGCCAGCCACAACCUUCUCAUCAGGAGUCAGAACUUCACUGCACCCGACGGGCUCGAGACCUGCGACAUGUCCUACAACAUGCUGGCGGAGCUCGGAGAUUGGAAAGUGCAUCGCUUCCUGCGGGAGCUCAACCUGCGAGGCAACUACAUCGGCUACAUCGGCAAUGGGCUCUUGGGCAAUAAGGAGCUGCGCCUGCUGGACCUCUCCGAGAACCUGAUCCUUCAGAUUCGGAAUUUGGAGCACCUGGAGCUGCGGACUCUUAGCCUGGCACAGAACAAACUCAGCUCCGUCGAAGGCGUGCAGUCCUUGACGAAGCUUCACAGCCUCGAUGUGCGACACAACAACAUCACCACCAUCGACGCCCUGCAUGCCCAGGACAUUCCUCGCUUACGCAAGCUACGGGUCUCAGAGAAUCGGAUUUCGCAAAUGAGGGAGGUGGACCAGCUGGCCGAUUUCCGUUUCCUGAGCGAGCUCUACCUGAACCCGAACCCCGUGUCCCAGCUGCCGCAGUACCGCGCACAGGUUCUGCACCGCCUGCCGCGGCUCCGGAGCCUGGAUGCCGAGCAGGUGAGCCCAGAGGAGCGCGUGAAGACCGAAGUGAUCUACGGCGCCGCGGCUGCAACGGCCUGUGCCGAUGUGGAGACGCGGCGGGAGAUCUUCGAGCAGCUGCUGCCCGAGGAGACCUUUGUUGACCGGCGCCUCAUGACCGAGGCCGGCAUCGCCUUGGCGGAAGUGGAGGAAUUCGGCAGCAACGGCGAUGCUGGGCCCUUUGGCCACUUCCUGGUGGGACCGACCUUUGGAGAUCCUCCCAGGACCCGACUGCAGUAUGCGAAAUUCCGUCAGCGGCUAGAGCUGACAAGACUCGGUGGGACUCCAGAGGGCGUCGCGGACUUCUCCAACUAUCCUGCUCUCUAUCAGAAGACGGCCGCCUUCGAUGAGGACCUCCGUGAAAUCCUCGAGGCCGUCGCCGAAGGCGGUUGUGAGGAGCUUUUGCUGGGCGAAGCCCAGAUCACACCACAAGGCAUUCGCGACAUCAUUGCCUUCAUGCAGGAUACACCCUGCAGAUUAUGUUUCAUCAACCUUUCCGGCUGCUCCUCCGCUGCGCUGCUGGGGGCGGAGCUGCUGAAGUCUUUCCCUCUCGACCGGGGCUGCAGCAUCGAGCUGGAGAACUGUGGUCUGGCAGACUCCACAGUAGCACGAUUGAGGAACAAAGCUGAAGACGCAUCGAGAGCCCUUGCACGAGCCUCUGCAGAGCGCCAACGGGUGGCACAGCGCAUGGCAGAGCACCUGGAGAUGCAGGACUACCUGGAAGAGAGGGCGGCAGAACAGCGCCCCAGCGAGAUGCCCGGCCCAGCGCCUGCGAGGGCGUGCCAUCCUGCCCAGUGGCGUCCCGGGGCCGAAACCAGCCAGAAAGCUCUGGAAGGCUUCCUCCGCGUGAAUCCCAACAAGCUCGUCCAGGCCUCCAGUGGACCGGGCGACAGCGGCUCCCUGUGGACCAUGAACGGAAAGAAAGGUGGCAAGAACUUCCAGCUCACAGCCGAGGAGCAUACAAGCCUGUGCGAGAAGUUGGAGGACAUGCUGUUAGAUUGGGGCUGUGAGUUCGACGGCGACCAGGUCCAAGGAAGAGGACUGCCACGAGCUUUCGUGAACGCUUUCGGAGCCGACCCACGGCGCAGCCCGAAGCUUUUAGGCUUCAUGCUUUGGGAGGGCGUGGCUCCCAGUGCACAAGUCAGGGGAGACGUGUAUCGAAGUCCUGAAGAAUGGGAGGCGGCUUGGGCAUCCGAGCAGCAGCGCAUGCGGGCUUUGACCGAGCAGGCCCGAGAGGAAUACGACUCCGGCCAGCAAGCUCCUGGAGUGGCAAGCGGUCAGCUGAUGGCCCACCUGAGCUUUCUGGCUGGCACCUCGGAGCUCAAGGCGCCUUCCGUCUUCGGCUUCCAGAAGGCGGAGGAGCGGGUGGCGCCUCGGCUCGGUGAGGACCUGCUGGCAGCGCUCGGCGCGGGGCUGGUCCUUUUGGAGCAAGUCCUUGCCGACGGCCUCGGCGUGAACAACCUGACGGUGACCCUAAGGUCCUUAUCCUCGGAGCCCCUGCAGAUCGCCCUGCGCCGCGGGACCAUCUUUCAGCAGAAGACCUGGAAUCACAGGCAAAACUUGGUAACGGGUGUGGACUAUGUGCUUGAAGUGCCACCGGGUGGCUGCGUAAGGAAAGAAGUGCUUGGGUUUUCCCUGAACUUCAACUGCCCGCCACCGCGCAGUGAUGAAAUGCAUGUAACCGAGUUCUAUUUUGACAUUGAGCGUGUGCUUGGAAGUCAAGCGCUCAUUUGGGAUCACAUGCAGGCCGCGUUUCACAAGUAG